CGAGAGGAGGAAGGGCAGGGCCGGACCAGGGGCCGCCCCCGCCGUGAGCGCCUGAGCCCGGGCACCUGGAGGGACGAGGGAGGGGGGGCUAUUGCGUUGGCCUCGCCUGGCCCCCGAUGCUAAAUCCAAGCAGGCAGCAGCAUGAAUCACAGUGGGGAGAAGGUGUCUCAGCCGCAGGCGGGUGUGAACCGCUGCUGACAUCACGGCUCCAAGUUACAAUCCGGCUCUCUAGCCAUUCGCUGGCGUUGCAGCCGCGCCGGGAAGGGGCCGGGGGCCUGAGCAGCCGAGGGGGUUAAUUCCGCCCCCGCCCCCGAGAGAGACAAAGCCAGAGCCGGGUUUUUGUGUCUGUCUGGGCGCGCCAAGCAUGAGCCGUGUGUCCCCGGCGCGGCUGCCCGGCUCGCUGCCGCUCCGCGCUGGUGUCUCGCAGCGGCGCGGGCGAGGCGUGUAAGCGCGGGCGCCGGGGAGCCUGCGAGCCGCCCAGGGCUUUGCAUGUGGGGGCUGCUGCGCUGGGGAGGAAGGCGCUGAGCGAGGAAGCCGCCUGGCUCGGGGAGUUUUUCGCGGAGAGAGACGAUUCCUGAAGAGCUGAGGUGACUUCACAUACGGCCACACUGCCCCUGUAGAAAGGCUGUAGCUGGACACAUCGCGUUUUGGACCAUGGGGAGCAGCAAGAGCAAACCCAAAGACCCCAGCCAGAGGAGACGCAGCCUGGAAUCUGCCGAGAACGCCCACCAUGGUGGCUACCCUUCCUCUCAAACGCCCAGCAAGACGCCUGUCCCCGACGCCCAUCGGACCCCCAACCGCUCCUUUGGGAGCAUGGCAGCUGAGCCAAAGCUCUUCGGAGGCUUCAAUACGUCCGACACAGUCAUGUCCCCGCAGCGCUCGGGGGCUUUAGCUGGCGGAGUCACCACCUUUGUGGCCCUCUACGACUACGAGUCACGGACGGAAACAGACCUUUCCUUCAAGAAAGGGGAGCGCCUCCAAAUUGUCAACAACACGGAAGGAGACUGGUGGCUGGCUCACUCCCUCACAACAGGACAAACGGGCUACAUCCCCAGUAACUAUGUCGCACCCUCAGACUCCAUCCAGGCUGAAGAGUGGUAUUUUGGCAAGAUCACUCGCCGGGAGUCAGAGCGGCUCCUGCUCAAUUCUGAGAACCCCCGAGGAACCUUCCUGGUCAGGGAGAGUGAAACCACCAAAGGUGCCUACUGCCUCUCGGUCUCUGACUUUGACAACGCCAAGGGGCUCAACGUGAAACACUACAAGAUCCGCAAGCUGGACAGCGGUGGCUUCUACAUCACCUCCCGCACGCAGUUCAACAACCUGCAGCAGCUGGUGGCGUAUUACUCCAAACAUGCUGAUGGCUUGUGCCACCGUCUCACAAACGUGUGCCCAACUGCCAAGCCCCAAACGCAAGGACUUGCUAAGGAUGCUUGGGAAAUCCCCAGGGAGUCUCUGCGACUGGAGGUGAAACUGGGGCAAGGCUGCUUUGGAGAAGUGUGGAUGGGGACCUGGAAUGGCACCACCCGGGUGGCCAUAAAGACUCUGAAACCCGGCACGAUGUCUCCAGAGGCAUUUCUGCAAGAGGCCCAGGUGAUGAAGAAACUCCGUCAUGAGAAGCUGGUUCAGCUGUAUGCGGUGGUGUCGGAGGAGCCCAUUUACAUUGUCACGGAGUACAUGAGCAAAGGGAGCUUACUGGAUUUCCUGAAGGGGGAGAUGGGCAAGUAUCUGCGGCUGCCCCAGCUGGUGGACAUGGCGGCUCAGAUCGCAUCUGGAAUGGCAUACGUGGAGAGGAUGAACUACGUCCAUCGGGAUCUCCGAGCUGCCAACAUCCUGGUGGGGGAAAACCUGGUGUGCAAGGUAGCCGACUUCGGCUUGGCCCGGCUGAUUGAGGACAAUGAAUACACGGCCAGGCAAGGUGCCAAGUUCCCUAUUAAGUGGACAGCCCCAGAAGCUGCUUUGUAUGGCAGGUUUACGAUCAAGUCAGAUGUCUGGUCCUUUGGAAUCCUAUUGACUGAGCUGACCACGAAGGGCAGAGUGCCAUACCCAGGUAUGGUUAACCGGGAAGUGCUGGACCAGGUGGAACGUGGCUACCGGAUGCCCUGUCCUCCAGAGUGCCCCGAAUCGCUGCACGAUCUGAUGUGCCAGUGUUGGAGGAAGGACCCAGAGGAAAGGCCCACCUUCGAGUACCUUCAGGCUUUCUUGGAGGACUACUUCACGGCGACAGAGCCCCAGUACCAGCCGGGCGAGAACCUAUAGACAUGGGGAUGGCUCCUGGUGCCAAAGACCUUGCUCUCCUCCUGGUGUGUCCAUGCACAUGUCACAAGACACACGGCAUCUCAGGAACUCAUUGCAGAGUCUGGGUCUGGUGACUAGUCCUUCUCCCAGAGGGUGGGACUGGUGCUUUUUAGCCCCGCAAAGUGGAGGGGGCUGGGUUCUCCUGAUCACGAAUUACUGAUUUAUGGUCUGUGUUUAACAAAGUGUGGCCAUUUGACCUGGAGAUGAGUCUGAAGGGAAUUGGCUGCGUGCAGUGACUGGGGGUUGGAGAAGGAGCCUUUCCAGAAGAAACCCAGGAGGGAAGAUCUGUGCAGAAGCUGGAGGGGCCUUCAGGGGUCUUCCUCCUAGUAGUUCUGAAGUGCAAUGAAAGGCAUUAUACAAUCUCUGUCUAACAGUGACCUAGGCUCCCUUGCAGCCUGCCUCUCACUGGAGCGCUUGGCUCUGCAGGGACUGGAUGCUAAUGCUACAGAUCGACACCUUGCAAUCUCCGAUCACGCAGCUUCCAGCCUCUCUCUUUCUUUUAAACCAGCACAAGUUUCCUCCCAUACCUCUUUGCUCCCUACGCCUGUUCCCAGAGCAGACUUGGCUGCCGUUCGCUACAGGAAUGUUUGUGGUUUCAGACUGAGAGACUCUUCCAGAGAGGACGUUCAUAUGUCAGUGCUCGCAUGACUCGGUCUCCACUGCCCCAUCCUGCUGGUGUACAGGGCUGUGGCAUUGGGACACUAGCGCCAGCCCCCUUGCCUUGCUGCAGGUCCCAGGCACAUGUGAGUUUGGAUCAGGGAUGCUGACUGUGCCAUAUAGACCUGGAGGCUCUUGAGGUGAUUUUUUCUCCCCGGACGAGGUUCUACUGGAGAGCUAGAAGGACUUCAUGGCCGAGUUGCACGUGCGGCUGCAUUAGUGUUCAGUGUUGCUACUCAUGGGGCCAGUGACUUCUGACUUGUAUCGGGACCACGAGCUGCAGGUUUCUGUCUUCCAGUCUCGUCUGACUCAGCGAAGGGAACCUUGUAAUCUUGAUGACUACUUCGUAGAGACACACUAAGGCAAAUGCCAAUGGGGCAGGAUACCCCUCCUUUUUCCUACCUUUGCUGCCAAUCCCCUAUUGCUUUGAGGGGUAUUCGUCAACGAAGUACCCCUGGUCUUCCAGCCAGCACCCUAAGCAGCUCACCUGGGGAACACCCAGCCAGACCCUCCUGCCUCUCCUCAUUCAGAUGCAUCUUAGUUUACUGCAAGGUUUUUAGUGCCAGAGAAGCAGGGGCGGUCAUUCUUGGGACACUUUGGUGCCAACUCUGCCACAGUCAGGAAAGCCUCUGCCCAGCAAAGGUUUCUUUGUGUCUGAAUCAAGGCCUAAUAUGGAGCUAGCUUCUUACCUAGGGUAAUGGGGCCCUGGCCAUGCCCCAUUGUCCUGUCCUCCACAGGCUGCUGAGCUCGAGAGAAUCCCAGGAGUGCAUCACCCACUCCAUGGGGGUGUGGUUUCAAGAACUACUUAUGGAUGCAUUCAGGGUGGAGGUGAAGUCUCCAUUCUGCCUGAGAGCAGAGGGGCCUUCCCCUCCAUCUUCACUCCAUAAUUGGUCUUGAGCUACCUGGGGGCGUCACCUAAACUCCAGACCCUGCCUAAAAGUUAAAACUGGAUUCUGCUGCUUUAGCCCAGCUUCCAUGGCUGUUUUCCCUGGGUGCGGGUGAGGGUCUGGGAAAGGGCUCCCACAGGGAAGAUCACUAGUUCAGUGCUUCCACUCAACCCCAGGCUUCAGCAACUGGAGCUGAGCUCUUCUGGAAUCAUGGUGGGACCUUUGCACCUGCCCUGUGUGCAGCGUGGCAAGGUAGGGAAGCAACCUCCUUGCCUCAUUGUGUAUUGGAGUCUGGCCUCCUCGUGCCCUUGCUGCAACCUGGCCUCAGGCCCAUGAAUGCAGAAAUCAGGCAAAAUCUCUGUUCCAAGCCUUGGUGAGGAAAGGGAGGAGGAAGGGCCUGAUUCUCUAAGGUGCUAAGAGCCCUCACUUCCCACUGAAAUCCUUGGGAGCUCAGGUUGCUCAGCACUCUAGGAUUGGAUCCUAGGUACUUUCUUCAGCAAACAGCUUGUUGCUCCCAGUUAACGCGCUCUGAUGGUGCAUGAGUGGCUUCCAUGCGUGUAUUUAUGCAGCCACGUGGCAGAGGUUACCUUGACAGCAGUUGACACACAAGUGGCUGGUUGUAUUUUUCAUCAGGCUUGUGAAUAAACAGCAGACGUAAGUUUGCAAGCUUU